UCACGAAUGAAUUUUCUAGUUAUAUUAAAUAGAGAAUAAUAUAUUGUAUCCAUAUUUACAACAAAAAUCUGCCACAUUAACUGUGAACACAUUAAGGUGUGCAUAAUUGUGGACACUAGGUAAAUGAAACUGAUAUAUAUAUACUACUCCUAUAGUCCUAUAUCAUGCACAGAAUAUUCAAACACAAAUUACACUUCCAUCACUUUCCAUAACUGAUCAAAUGUAUAGAUAAAUAGAAAAGAAAAAUGGCAACGAGACUGAAUCAAGAAGAAGAAGCGGAGAUUCACGGCGACGUGCUAGAAACCGUCCUCUCGCACGUGCCGUCAGUCGACCUGGUCUCCGCCUCACACGUUUCAAAAUGGUGGCGCGGCGCCGUCUCCUCCUCCCUCCGCCACCAAAAUCCGCCGAAGCCGUGGCUGAUCCUCCACACGCAGUCCACUCGCCCCCCGCACGCCACCGCCGUCCACGCCUACGAUCCGCGAUCCGACGUCUGGAUCCGCAUCCGGCGCCCUCCGAUCGAAUACGUCGCCGCACUCCACUCAUCCUCCGCCGCCAGUCUCCUCUACAUGCUCUCCCCUUCCGCCUUCGCCUUCUCCACCGAUCCGCUCCACUCCGAUUGGACCAUCGCCAGCCCUCCCCGCGUGUGGCGGAUGGACCCGAUCGUCGCCAGAGUCGGGGGCGCCGUCGUAGUCGCCAGCGGCGCGUGCUACUUCGAGGACGAUCCGCUGGCGGUCGAGAUCUACGACCUCCGAACGCGCGCCUGGCGCGCGUGCGAGUCGAUGCCGCCGACUUUGAAGGACUCCGCCGCCGCGGCGUGGCUGUCCGCCGCCGCGACGGAGGAGAAGCUCCUCCUCGUCGAGAAACAAACCGGUUUGACUCACUGGUUCGAUCCGAUUUCCAAUUCCUGGUCCGGUCCGAUCGUGUUGAAACCGAGCCAGCCGGUCCGGAGCUGCCACGUCAGCUUCUCCAACUCCAGCGGCUUGAUCAUGAUUGGAAUUUGUCCAAUUGAAAACAAAGAAACAGUCAAACUGUGGCGAAUUGGGGAAAACGAUUUCUCGUUUGAAGAGAUCGGAGAAAUGCCGGAGGAGUGUGUAGCCGGAUUGAAGAGUGAUUCGGUGGAUUUCUCCAUCGACGUUAGAGUAGCGAGCAACCUCGUGUACGUUUAUAAUUCACCGGCGGCGGAGGAGGUGGUGGCGUGCGAGAUUACGACCGGUGGCGGCGGGUGCCGGUGGUGGAAGGUGAGGAAUGUGGUGGCGCGUGACGGCAUGAUUUUGAAUACGUCGGUGUUUACGUGUGCGGAGGUUGGGAUCGGCGACUUGCAGCGAGCCAUAACGGCGAAGAGCUGGCAAUUCGAGGUGGUUUGAGUUGAGAUUAAUUCGGCCCACAUCGGGUGGAUAAUUAAGAAUUUGGAUUUUCAUUAAUAUAUCGCUUUCUCACCAAGUGUUUCAUUUUGGAGAUAAAAAUUUAUUUCUAAUAAGUGAUUUGUUUUUAAAAUCUAUCGAAAAAUUAUGCUAAGUUUCUGUUUUA